AAAUCCCCCAGAGAGGGAGGGAGGUCCCAGGCGCCCGGGAGGCUGCUAACCGCCGCGGGACCGAGCGCACGCAGGGGCGCGGCGGCGGCGGCGGGGGAAAGCCGGGCUGCUGAGGCUCCCGUCUGGAGUGCGCAGCACUCCGGGCCAGGGUCCAGCCUCGGGCGGGCACCCGAGGACGUAGCUGGCUCAGGCCUGGGAGGGGCCCGGCGCCUGCAGCCCCCCAUGCCCUGAGAAGGAUGCGGUGCUCCCUGAGACUGCGGUAGCCUCGGAUCUCCGCCCUGCAUACGCGACGAUGGAUGAGCCGUGGUGGGAAGGGCGCGUCGCCUCGGACGUCCACUGCACCCUGCGCGAGAAGGAGCUGAAGCUGCCCACCUUCCGAGCCCACUCCCCACUCCUGAAGAGUCGCCGGUUCUUUGUUGACACCCUGACCCUGCUGAGCAGCCACUGCCAGCUCUGCCCUGCUGCCCGGCACCUGGCUGUCUACCUGCUGGACCACUUCAUGGAUCGCUACAACAUUGCCACCUCCAAGCAGCUGUACACUGUGGCUGUCUCCUGCCUCCUGCUCGCAAGUAAAUUUGAGGACAGGGAAGACCACGUGCCCAAGUUGGAGCAGAUAAACAGUACGAGGGUCCUGAGCAGCCAAAAUUUCACCCUCACCAAGAAGGAGCUGCUGAGCACGGAGUUGCUGCUGCUGGAGGCCUUCAGCUGGAACCUCUGCCUGCCCACACCUGCCCACUUUCUGGACUACUACCUCUUGGCCUCCAUCAGCCAGAAGGACCACCACUGCCACACCUGGCCCACCACCUGCCCCCACAAGACCAAAGAGUGCCUCAAGGAGUAUGCCCACUACUUCCUAGAGGUCACCCUGCAAGAUCAUAUAUUCUACAAGUUCCAGCCUUCUGUGGUUGCUGCUGCCUGCGUCGGAGCCUCCAGGAUCUGCCUGCAGCUUUCUCCUUACUGGACCAGAGACCUGCAGAGGGUCUCAAACUACUCCAUGGAACAUCUCAGCACAUGCAUUGAAAUCUUGCUAGUAGCAUAUGACAAUGUCCUCAAGGAUGCCGUCUCUGUCAAGAGCCAGGCCUUGGCAGUGGUGCCUGGCACACCCGCCAGCUCUAGCCAAGUGCUAUUUCAGCCACCCCCCUACCCUGCUCUCAGCCAGCCAGUGACCACCCUGGCACAGUUCCAGGCCCCAGUGCAGGACCUGUGCUUGGCCUAUCGGGACUCACUGCAGACCCACUGUUCAGGCAGCCUGCUGUCAGGGGGCACGAGCUCAUCUCUCCACACUCCAUACCCUACCUUCCAACCUCUGGAUGUGUGUCCCAUGCCUGUCCCUGCGUCCCUGAGCAUGCAGAUGGCCAUUACAGCCGAGCCCAGGCACUGCCUCACCACCACCUAUGGAAGCAGCUACUUCACUGGAAGCCACCUUUUUCCCACGGGCUGUUUUGACAGAUAGGCCAAGGCCACCUCUGGACCCUUGAAGAGGACAUUGAUGAGGAGAGCUCAGCCAAGUGAGGCCCUGGGAGGCUAUGCCCAAAGAGCCUCGUUGCCCGUGAACGUGGAGAGUUCAUACUGCUUUUGAAUAAAACUGACCCAGAGCAAAACACUCAAUGACAUACCUCACCUGAGAGCAUUCCUCUGAAAGAUGUCUUCCACAUGUGGCAGGGGGACAAAGAGAUGGCUCAGUGGCUGUCCCCUCAAGCAGGGGCCCAGUGAAUCAAGAAAGACUUGGUAAAAGGCCAGGAGUCAGGGAACUGGACACAGAACACUAGUCCACAAGCAUGUCUGUUUCUUCCCCAACGGUGUCUGUUCCACUGAGAAAGGAGGGGUAGCUUGAAGUGUUCUCAAGACCCCCGGAAGAUGGGUCUGGGGUGCUUUUCCUUGCCUGGCUCUAUAUGGAGGGGCCCCUGCAUGUCUACACCUGAGUGUUUUUGCCUUGCAAGGCACAGAGAGGUGGCUGUUUUGCCUUUGUUGUUGAACCUAAACCUUUUUUUGGUCUUUUAGAUAUUUCACGUGCUGCUGCUUCCUGAAGUGAUCUAGUUUUCUGUUCAAUAAGAUGUCUUGUUUACACACUCUAUCAGGGAUUUUGUGAUACUUGAAAAUUCCUUAAGAGAAAAGACAAAUGUAAUUGCUACACUGCCUGUCCCACGUAAGGGCUGUUAAGUUUUAACCCAGCUUGUUACGGACCUGCAGGUAACCACAGAAUUCCCUUUUCAAAAGCAAAUGGUUGGGGAAAACCACUUUCCCAGCUCUUGGUUCCAGAAGAUUCCAUAUCUUAGAUGCUGUGUUCACCUGUAGAACUUUGAUAACUACCCAGAGGUGAAAAGCGUGUUGAAAGAAGAUAAAAGUUUAAAACUAUCCCUACCUCCCUCUGCCACAUUUUUGCAGUGUGCAAGGUUACACUCAGCCUCGUCUUCGAGUUCAACUAAAAGCGAAGGAUAAUAAUGUGGAGUAUAUGCUUAAUGCCACCUGGAUUUGGAGAGUGGGAUGCCAUGGUUAUACACCACCGUUGACAGGCAAGCGAUUGGUUGGCUCUAAAGCCAGUAUUUAGGGAUCUGCAGCGAAAGGGAUCUCAGGAAGACUCUUGUAACUAUGUGCAAUAUUUUUUAUUCUGGCUCGUGGCUUGUGCUCAGCAUUUUCUUUCUUUUGGUUGGUUCAUGGUCAGGGGACACAUUGUCCACCUGUCAACUGGGAGGUAUAAAGGAGAAUGGAAGCAGUGUUUGUUUGUUUGUUUGUUUUUUAAGAAGAAACCAUCUUGUUUUUCUUGGAUCCUUUGCCAGUCUAGAAGGCAUGGUGGGGGACUGCUGGGAGCCAGUCUCAUGCUGAUGAGUCAAAUCAGAAGGUGAUAAAGCUUUUUUUCAGAGCAGAAGAAAAGUCUCCAUGUGGAAAUAGAAUGAAAAGAGAAUGGGCCUGGAUAAGACCCUGCCACCACUAGCAUAGGAAACUGCACGUUCGUUUGUUGUUUUUCUUUUUUUUUCCUUUGCCAACCUCCUCUUAUUUAUGUGCAACCAGUUUGCAUUCCAGGUUAUUGUAUCUGUCUGCUCUGAGGCCCGUGGCUCGUGAGGGGCCCCUCAGUACAGCCUCAUGGUUAGUAGCGUGGACCCCAGAAAAAGGC